CCACGUGGGUAAUAAACUGGCCUGAGCUUGCUGUUUAAAAGGAGCAAGCACCAUCGAGUGAUUAACAUUCUUCGGUCCACCAGCCAGCAUGGCGUCGUAUGUGAACUUGAUCAGUGAGGAUGCCUUGCACUGCAAGGAUAUCUCUACCUGGCCCCCCGCCACCGUUCUGCUCGCCAAGACCAUGUCCGACGCGUUCAAGGUGCCUUCAUGGUUGAAAUCAGAGCUGACCCCGUAUGCGGACAAGCGAGCCGUCCAUCUGCUCGACCAACUACGUCGGACGACAGACGACGCGUCGAUGCGCCACCUUUGGGAGGAUGUGGAUACUGUCGAUGACAAUUCCCAGCGACUCCACUUCGCCUUUGCCACCGCCCUCUCCGACUGUGCCAGGGUUCAGAUGGCUGUCAAGAUAGAACAACAACUACCAGAAGCGCCUGUGCCCAAGGAAUCUUUCGUCAUAGUCCUCGUGCGAAACGCAAUCUUGAAUGUCAUCUCAGGACUUUCUUCACUCGAGGACGUCCCCGUAGCGCUUCCCCGUCAUUUUAGUGAGAGGCUAACCCCAGUACUAAAGUACAUCACAAAGAGUCUCAGCGCGCCACUCGUCAUCUCAAUCUGCCAGAAAAUGCCUGUUGAGGAUGAAGAACACGAUAGCCAUGAACACUCGGAGCAGGAGGAAUGUAGCGAUGAAUGUUGGCCAGUGCAGUUGCCACCAUCAGUCACGAUGUCCGAGUUCCUCGCACGGCCCACUACGAUCGAAGAGGUGGAGAAAGACGUUGAGGAAGAUCCCACAGCUCGGGUUCUCUCACCAGAAUUCGAGGCCCAUUUCCUUGCGUAUCCUCCAUCUGUCCCUCCGCCAUCUUCGUGUCACAUACCUGUGCUUUGCAUGGCCACCGAGGAGCACCUUCCAGUGGUGAUGACCAGUCUACUCUACCAGCGACGUGUAUGGCACAUCGAUGGCCCGUUGAUUGGAAUAGAAUUCUCAAAAUAUGACACGACAAUCCGUCUGUACCUUGGAUGGCUAGAGGGCACCAUUACGGACCGUAUCCUUCCACGCGUGCAUCUCGGCAGCAUCGAAACGUCUGUCACCCUGGAUUUAUCAUCGCCGCUCGUAUCUCUUGCGGUCUCGCGGCUGUUCAUGAGCCUAGAGGCACCCAUAUGUAGCGUCCGUGACGGAGUUGGGAAUGUUGCGGGCACCAUUGCUGCCGAGACCCACGCCAACACGGCCCGUUCUUGGCGGAUUGAUACGGACCUUCGGGAAGAAGACGCUGUUUUCCCUUCAAAGACGGAGAUCGUGCGGGAUAGGAUUAUAAAGUGGCAGGAGAGCCAGGAACAUUCAGAGGAUAUAUCGUCAGGAGGCCGCGAGCGCGGUGCAGAACCAUCCCCUCAUUCGCCCAUCCAGGUAAUCGUUACAUCCGAUGAAGGCCGGGACAAGGCAGGCCCACCUUCCAGUGCAAUGUCUGACGCCAUUUCAACUUUCCAUUCGCCACUGUCACGCUCCCGCUUUGCGAACACCUCGGAGGACACCGAUAUCAGGAUGUUUGGUUGGCUAUUCGACCGACGAGUAGCGCCGCGGUCUCUCGCGUCUUCGGAUGAGCAGUUCCGUCGCGAAUACGUCGCGAUGACGGGCUUGAUUUGGCCACAGACGUGGAUUAGCAGAGAAGAUCUACCACCCGUUGACGCUGCACUUGAGCCAUGCGUCCAAGAAUUACUCACUACCGUUUCUGCCAUCAAGUCCAAAAAUGAAAAUGCAGUGAAACUUUGGCAUCCGGAUGAAUUCCCAGUCGACCUGCGAAUCCUUGAAGAGAGUUUUUCUGCAAUCUUCCAAGCGUCGCGCCGUUCCCGUGAAAAGAAGGAUAAUGGCGAUCAAUGUGAAGUAUCGUGGCGUCAUGACCUUGAUCGUCUUCUGUUCGACUUCUUCAUCCGUCUCGUUGAGUCCGAUAGUGGAACUCUCUCGGGUGGCGCCACAUCCAUUGCAGAUCUUGAAGAUCCACGAGUUCGCCCAACUCUUGAAACUACCCUCCGCUUUCCCAAGAGCGAUGUGCUGCGACCCAUCCCGAACGGGUUUGAGCAAUCAAUGGAGCCCCUACUUCGUUCUGAUCGUCGCGCCACCGAACAGUUGCUCGAGUCACGUGGUAGUGCUGUUGAAGAAAAGCGACGAGUUUCCAACACCGAACUAGCGCGCUAUGCCUACGUUACUUCUCAGUUUUCGCACUGGGUGAAUCAAAGGCAGGACGAGAAAGAAUCCGCCACGACGAGAAGACUUGGAAGGUUUCCGAAGGACGGAAAAUGUGAUGCAUUAGGGCGUUUGCGGGUGAGGCUCUCAGGUGUAUCAGGUAAACAUCUUGGCCAGUUCCCACUCGUCCGUACCCAUCCGUCAGAUGAGGCUGGGGCCAGUGAUGCGGCGAAGCCCGGGGGUUCCAAGCGCGACGAUAGUGUCCACAGUAAACCCCGCCGAUACACAAUUUCCACGGCGGCAUCACCCUUCCUUCGGACUGAUGUGGCCACAACAGCCGCCGUGGACACGAUAACUUCACAGUUACAGCAUUUAAAGAUUGAGGAACAGGAUUCGCUUUUAGAUUUGCCUCUCGUCGCGGUGGAGUACAAGAAGAAAUCGGGUAAUAUGGCGCAAGCAACGAACCAGCUCAGGAUGUACCUCACUGCGUCGGUCAAGUUCUUGGAGGCCGUGCGCAUCACGGACUUCCCUGUAUAUGGGGUUGAGGCCGAUGGUUCUGUCGUGUCCCUGCCCGUGGCAGUCCUGCGAAGUGAUGACAGUGGGAAUAUCGUCCACCUCUUUGAACGGCUAGUUGAAAAGCUGGAUAUAUCCUCACCGUUGGGAGCAUGGCACUAUGCAACGAUCCUGUGUCGGCUCGCGAAACUUCACGCUGAGGUCCUUGAGACGAGGUUCGAAACGGUCAAGGAGCCCCUGACCACGGCAUUGCGCAGUGGGAGUACAAGGAUGGAGCAAUGGACGAUCACCCACCAACUUGCUACGCUGGUGGCAGAGAAUAAAGUGAAAUUCAGGAUUGAACUGCCAGCACGCAGGAUAUAUGAAUCUCUUAGUAAUCUCUUAGUGCCAGAAUGGUCACCGCCAUGGGUACUCCAGCAAACUGGACUCAGUUCGAGCUGGAUUCAAAGUGACUUCCUGAAGUGGCAACUUUGGCCCACUUUGACACAUCUGAACUGUGAUGAACUGGCCUCACAAGGUCUUCUUAAAAGUGUGUCAGGGGUCUUCAACUGCAAAAGUGCAGCUCACACCCACAUUGGAAUGCCAGCUUUCAAUCACAAACACAUUGCUGUUAUGAUCAUCAUCCAGACAAUGAGCAUACCUAUCAAACUGUGGGGAUGGAUGAAAACAUGA